GGCCGGGGACGGGGCCGCCGCCGGGCGUUGCGGGCUGAGGGCGGGCAGGGAGCGGAGGAGCCGGAGCCGCCGAGGGCCGGGGCCUUGGACGCGUCCGGAGGAGGAAGAGGGAAGGGGGGAGCCGGCCCCCAGCGGAGCACGCAGCCUGCAUCCGCUCCGGGGAAGGGAAGAGGGAAGCGGAGGGGGGGGAGCGAGCGAGCGAGCGGGCACCGCCGCCGAGGAGACAAAGAAGCGGAGCCCGCCCGGGCUGGGAGCCUUCUCCCCGCCCCGCUCCGCUCCGCUCCGCUCCGCUCCCCGCCGCCCGGGCCGGGCCGAGCCGAGAAUGUGCUCAGCUGAGAUUGAUCACUGGUGUGUGAAAUGACCAAAUUAUAACAAUGGAGAGUUUUCUGAGGUGGGUAAUAUAUUUUCAUAUGUAGCUUCCAGCAAUGAGUUUAAUACACUGAAGGCCACAUUUUCAGUGCUUCUGUUAUUGAAAUGUAGUGCUCUGAUCGUUUUUCUACUGAACUUCAAUUUAGAGCUUGAUCUGGAAAACAUCCAAGGAAAAAAGCAUCAAAGGAAAAUAGUAAGAAUUGUCUCAGAAUGCAGGAAGAUCUUUAAGUGUAAAAUUAAAAUAUGCAGAAAGCUUGAAAAAAAAUUGCACAGAACACCUUAAAGGCUAAAUCUGUAAGUGAGAAAGGAAAAUAGCUUUACUGGCUUGUACCUUGAAGUUGUAACAGUUUGCUAACCUUGGGCCCAGGAAGUGAACUUCUACGUUCUUACUGUUCAUACCUUCAUUUCCCAUCUUGAAUCUUCUGGCUUUGCUUCAGCUAAGGGAUUGUUACCAUUUUAAUGAUAGAUCCCCAAGGAGUAUAUUAUUACUUGCAGAGCUCUGGUUUGGUUCUCUGCUUCAGUUCAAAGCCACCAGUUGAACUCUUCCAAAAAUGUAAUAAACCGAGUUAGGAUACUUAAACCACUUACGCAUGAAUAUAUUUAGUUAACUUUUGAGAGACUUAGAUUUGGGACUUUGGGAAGAAAAAACAUAUGUGAAGAAGAAAACAGUAAUUGAACGAAGAGUAUGCAUAGCUGAGAAUCAGUUCUGUCUUCUUAACGUUUUAGUUGUGACAUUGUAAGAAUUGUUUUUCUAGAUACUUCUGUCUAGGAUAGGCCCUUAGGACCCAGGCAAGUCCUGUAUUGCUGUCCCAAAUGUAGCCAGGCUAGUAUCCUGCCAUUGACAGUGGCUGUUAGGAUUUCCUUCCUUUGAAGCAAAAGCUACAGACUAAAACCCCAUUGUAAUAGGAAGCCAAUAAUCUGCCCGCUGCAGAGGCGUACGAUACUCGUGUAUUUGUUAAACCUUAAUUCUGCACUCAAAACUGUUGUCUCGCGUCUUGUUUUAUAAAACUUUGUCUUUCUAUCCUGUAGUUACUCCAGAGAGCCUUAGGAUAGACGGCUACCGCAGACUUGUAGCCACUUGUGUGGCCAGGAGCCAGCCUAGGUGACGGCGCGGUAAAAAGUCGGGUCCAGCUGCAUGACCGUGCCUGUACGGGCAGCUGUAGUUGGAGCAAUUCCGCCAACGGUGUGGAAAUAGCAGUGGGAGGACGGCAGCAUGUGUGCAGCUUCAUUAGCUGACUUCUCUUCUGCUUCCCAUGCCGAGAGUUACCGAAUGUGAUAGAUGGCGAAUUUCAAACCGAUGGCCACUGUGUCUUCCUGCAAGCAGAAGUCCAGAAGGAAUUUCUUCUGUCUUAUCCAGAAACACCUCCAUGUGUCACACUGAAGUCUCUCUCAUUUCAGCUUCCCAAGUGGGAUUUUCCUUUCUUUGCAGCAGGUCUGGACGUGUCAGACUCAGUCUUGGGUUCUUCUUGAGUUGUUCUGGCAGCACCAGCAGGUGGUUUCCGUGCAACCUGCAAAACACAUGGAAAGUACUGUAAAGUGCAGGGGUUUUGUUUGUUUUAAUUCCACCUUGCAAUGAAUCUUAAAAUCUUCAGGAAAUCUAGCAUACUUCACUUGUCUGCUGGGCACAGUAAAACUUUGCUGUAGCAUGUGAAAGCUGCUUUUCAUCCCACCCACAAGCUCAGUAUGCCUAAAAAGCCCAGAUACUGGCUGAGGGGGAGAGGUCUGCUCAUCAACCUAAAUCUCAGCAGGCAUGGUGACUUUUUUUUCACUUCUUCUUUUAUUACAGAGGACUCGUCUGCCUGCUUUGGUUUCAACAUUGUCUUUGCAGCUCAGCCCACACCUUUUUCCUGCUUUUCUAGGAAUAGGUUCCCUAGAUGGCAACAUCAGCAGCUGGCAGCUCUGUGCUCAUUGCGCCUGGGGAAAAAGGCACUGGCUUUCUCAAACCCCACUGCCUCCAGCAGCAGUGAGUAGAUGCGCUGUCAUCGUUAGCAGAUGCAAGUGGCAGCCACGCGGUAACCUCGUCUCUGGGGAGCUGGAGCAGCUGAAUGGAUCCUGGUUUGGGGCGAACAGGAUUGAUGAGGGCAUUGCAACAGUGGCUGUGCAGUGGUGAAUAUCCCAGUUGCUGCUGCCAUAAGGUGCUUUAGGUGCUCGCGAGUGGUUUCUUUUCAUUAGAAUAGAAGCGCUGUUGUUUGGUAGCAUCCUUCCCUUCUUUCUUGCUCAUAGACGUUCUGGAUGACUCUGGUUACAGAAUCACCUGUACUUGCUUUCAGUCUUUCCAGUACCUCCACGUUUUGGAGAAAUUAUGUAGAUCCUCUGCUUCCAAAACAAAUUUUUGCUGUGGAAUAUGCACACUGGAAGUUCUUCAAAGACUCUCGGAUCCACCUGUCUGCAAUACUUGCGUACGUAACUUUGUUGGAGAGUCCUGCCUUUCACUGCCUGAAUCCUUUUAACAGUGUGCCAAAGAAGGACUCCAUGAAAGAUGACAGAAGAAGUUAUUGUUAUUGCAAAGUGGGAUUACACUGCACAGCAGGACCAAGAACUUGACAUCAAGAAAAAUGAACGUCUUUGGCUAUUAGAUGAUUCGAAGACAUGGUGGAGGGUAAGAAACGCGGCCAACAAAACGGGAUAUGUGCCAUCAAAUUAUGUGGAGCGAAAAAACAGCUUGAAGAAAGGUUCUCUGGUUAAAAAUCUGAAAGACACAUUGGGCUUGGGAAAAACAAAAAGGAAGACGAGCGCGCGAGACGCCUCGCCUACUCCCAGCACAGAUGCGGAGUACCCGUCCAACGGCAGCAGCGGGGACCGCAUCUACGACCUCAACAUUCCUGCCUAUGUCAAGUUCGCCUACGUGGCGGAGAGAGAGGAUGAACUGUCCCUCGUCAAGGGGUCCCGGGUCAUCGUCAUGGAGAAGUGCAGCGAUGGCUGGUGGAGAGGGAGCUACAACGGACAGAUCGGCUGGUUCCUUCGAACUAUGUGGUAUGAGGAAGUUGAGGAGGCCACUGCAGAUUCGCCGAGCUUCCUGAGCUUGAGGAAAGGCGCUUCCAUGAGUAACGGCCAGGGCACCAAAGUACUCCACGUUGUUCAGACACUGUAUCCAUUCAGCUCCGUCACAGAAGAAGAGCUCAAUUUGAAAAAGGGGAAACAAUGGAAGUCAUUGAAAAGCCAGGAAAACGACCCAGAAUGGUGGAAAUGUAAAAAUUCCAGAGGGCAAAUUGGUCUUGUUCCUAAAAACUAUGUAGUAAUCGUUAGCGAUGGUCCUACCAUUAACACUUCCCAUCCACCUCAGAUAAGCUACACGGGACCAUCUUCCACCGGACGAUUUGCUGGAAGAGAGUGGUAUUAUGGGAGUACCCGACAUCAAGCAGAAUGUGCCCUAAAUGAGAGGGGAGUGGAAGGAGACUUCCUUGUUAGAGAUAGUGAAUCCUCGCCCAGUGACUUCUCGGUAUCUCUAAAGGCAUCGGGGAAGAACAAACAUUUCAAGGUGCAGCUCGUGGACAAUGUCUAUUGUAUUGGGCAGCGUCGCUUUAAUACUAUGGAUGAGUUGGUGGAACACUACAAAAAGGCUCCCAUCUUCACCAGUGAACACGGGGAAAAGCUAUAUCUUGUGAAAGCACUUCAGUGACGUUGAAGAUGGACUCGGCCGCCCAGGCCUCUUAUAACUUCCAAGCCUUAGGUCCUAAAUUCACUUUUAUAGAGCAGAGCAAUAUCUGAAGCAGGCUUAAAGAGUAGGCUCUUUCCAACGUGUUUGCUCUGUUGGUUGUUAUUUGUCCUUUUUCGUUUGCCUACUUUUGUGUUUCAGUUCUGUUAAUCUCAGAUCACCUCCUUUCAGGUCGAGCCGUUCACUAGGUGGCCGUUGCGAGCGCUCACUUCCAUGACCGAGUUCUAAACCCCCCUCCUCUGCGUACGUUUACGGAGGUAGCUCGGAUGAGAAGGAGGGGGGUUUGCAAUUCAAAGCAGUGUUAACCUCUUCCGGCGGCUCACGCAGACAGAACUCUUCGUUAAGAGACAUCGGGCACAGCUUGAAUGCACUGAGGCUGCAGCUGAGUGAGUGAGAUACAGUAGACAUGACGGUUGUGGCUGUGAGUUCUGUAGCUAUUUUGCUUCCCGUAUUACAGAAACUCCUAGCUCCUAGAAGCACUCUUUACACUGUACUCUGCUAUUACAUUGCCUCUCUGACUCUUCGCAAAGAGUACACUAAUUAAAGCAUUUUGUAAUAGUACUUCCUAAACUACUAUGGUAAGAUUGUAGUAAAAGAAAACUAUCUAGUGUAUUUUGGUCUGUAAUUGCAAGAAAGAGAAAUUUUAUUUGAAAGUUGAUUACUAGAGAAAGAAUCAUUGAAAUGUAAAGACUGAAUGUUUUGGUAAUCUACAACCAAAUGUGCCAUCCACAUAAUGCUUUUUCCUCUUGCCCUUCUGCUUGUUUGAAUUAAACAAUUAUGUAUUUAAUUCUCAAAGUAAUAUGUAUCUGUAGCUGAUUGUUGACACUAAUACAGAAGAUUAAUAAAAAAUGAUCUUGGGAUGGGUGGGGCGGGCUACCAACACUAUAUAUAUAUUUGCUUUACAGAAAGAAAUCUUCAGGUUUUACAGAGGAUGGUGUGAUUGGUAGGAAGAGACACACAGAAUGUUUAUGAAGAAAAUGCAUUUCUCUCUUUUCUUUACAUUUAAACUCCUUUAUGGUUUAAAUAUACAGUCUUUAGAUGGCACACUCCUGAGAUUGAAGAAGGGGAUCUUAGGAUCUCCAAAUCUUGCAUACUCAGUUUUUUGGAUAUUGUAAUAAAAAAGGUAUUAUGUCA